AUGGCUGACACAUGCUUGGGAAACCAAACGGCCAUCACAAAAUUCAUCCUCCUGGGAUUCAGGGAUAUUCCUGACCUGAAAUUUUUUCUCUUCCUGCUGUUCCUAGUGAUCUACAUUGCAACGGUGGCAGGAAACAUCCUUGUUAUGGUGCUAAUUGUGGCUGAUCAGCACCUUCACACCUCCAUGUACUUCUUCCUGGGGAACUUGUCUUGCUUGGAGAUUUGCUACACCUCCACCAUCCUGCCCAGGAUGCUGGCCCAUCUCCUAACUGGAGACAGAACCAUCUCAGUCAGUGGCUGUAUCACACAAAUUUACUUCUUUGGUGUUCUGGCAGCUACAGAAUGCUAUCUGUUAGCAGCAAUGUCUUAUGAUCGGUAUUUAGCUAUAUGUAAACCCUUGCACUAUUCAGCUCUGAUGAAUGCCAGAUUUUGCCUCCACUUGGUGGCUGGGUCCUGGUUAAAUGGUUGUUUGGCUGCAACCAUCUUCAUAUUAUUCAUGUUACAGUUAGUAUUCGAUGGCCGGAAUGAAAUAGACAAUUUCUACUGUGAUGUCAUCCCAGUGAUUAAACUUGCCUGCAGUGACACACGUCUGAUGGUGUUGCUGGAUUUUAUCCUAGCAGGUGUAUUCACCCUGCCUCCGUUCUUACUAACCCUGACAUCCUAUGUUUGUAUCAUCACCACCAUCCUGAGAAUCCCUUCCACCACCGGGAGGCAGAAGGCCUUUUCCACCUGCUCCUCUCACCUCAUUGUGGUGACAAUUUACUAUGGGACCAUAGUGAGUGUCUCCAUGCUACCAACACUUGAUACACUGAGUGUGCUAAAGAAAAUGCUCUCUCUUUGCUAUACGGUCCUGACUCCCCUGGUGAACCCUCUCAUCUAUGGCCUGAGAAACAGAGAGGUCAGGGAAGCCUUGAGCAAAACAUACAGUAAAUAUGUGGCAUUCAGAAAAAUCUGCAGAGAUUCCUAG